AUAUAACCCGUGACAUCAUCUCCGUGAAGUCACGUGACGGUAGUUCUGUCCGCCAUAUUUCCUCAUACAUGGCCAAUAGUUGCUAAAAAAUUGCCUGGUUUUGUGUUUUCAACUAACAAAUACAGACAACUGAGCGCCAGCAACAGGUAACCGGGACCUCUGUGACACCAGCAAGAUGUCGGACUACGACAGUAACCCGUUCGCGGACCCGGAGGCGGGCAAUCCUUUCCAGGACCCGUCAGUGACCCAGGUGACUGGUGCUGCCCAACAAAACUUUACGGAGGAGUUCAACCCUUUUGCUGAGCAGGGUCGUACCACUGCUGCAGGAGGGAAGACCAACCCUGUGGUCCCCCCUCCCCAGAAACCCCAGCCAGCUCAGCAGCCUGCCGUCAUGAGACCCACAGAAGAGCCUCCUGCCUACUCACCCAGCGCUGCACAGCAAGCCCAAGGACCUGCAGUUCCCACCAAUGAAGACCUUAUGAAGCGACAAGAGGAACUGGAAAGAAAAGCAGCAGAGUUGCAGAGAAAAGAGAGAGAAAUGGCAGCUGGCACAUACAACGCUCGAGCAAACAACUGGCCACCCCUACCAUCGUGGUGUCCAGUAGGGCCAUGUUUCUACCAGGACAUCUCUGUAGAUAUUCCUCUAGAGUUCCAGCGCACUGUCAAAAUGAUGUACUACUUGUGGAUGUUCCAUAGCAUCACCCUGAUUCUCAACUCAAUUAUGCUGAUCGCGUACUUCGCCACGGGCAUACCCGGCACGUACAACGGAGGGGUGGGCCUUGGACUAUCGUUCUUGUAUCUCGCAGUUUUACCGAUAUGUUCCUUCGUUUGCUGGUAUCGCCCCAUGUACAAGGCCUUCAGGAGUGACAGCUCCUUCAACUUCUUUGUGUUCUUCUUCAUUUUCUUCUUCCAAUUCGUGGUCCACAUAAUCCAGGCUGUGGGCAUCAGUGGAUGGGGAACUUGCGGUCUAAUCAAUGGCCUGAUGCUGGUUGGGUCAGGCAGUAGGGAUGACGACAAGGGCGACUUAACCAUUGGUGUGCUCAUGAUCACCGUGGGCUGUCUCUUUGCCUCGUGUGGUAUCAUGGACAUGCUCUUGCUUAAAAAGGUGCACAGCCUGUACCGUACAACAGGCGCCAGCUUUGAGAAAGCCCAGGCGGAGUUCACCGAGGGUGUUGUGGCGAACCGCGGGGUCCAGCAGGCCGCUGGGCAGUUCGGCGCUGCUGCGGCGAAGGGCGCAGCCAGGGGCGCCAUGUCGGGCGCGUCUGGGAACCAGAUGUAGUGACCCCCACGGGGAACACUGCACGUUGUUUCCAUCUGAUCAUAACCACAAUGCACUGCUAUGAUUUGGGCUCUGCUAACCCAUCUCCUUCCCAGCAUGUUCUAGCAUGGCACAUUUCUUAUUGUACCCCCACUUACGACUUACUUCCAGCAUAUGUACAAUUCCAAGAGAAGAGUAAAGAUCAGCAUACUGUACACCUUCCCAAGACAUAACUGUGUUCCUCUUUUAAGUUAUGAUAGCAUAUAGUGAAAUAAAUGUACUUUCUUUGACUCAACCCAGUUUUAACUGUUUCAAAUAUAAGUCCCCUUGCAACAUAAGCUGACCUUGCAUAAUUAUCAAAAGUUAUGUUUGAAGGCCAGCAGAUGUUGCAAAGUAGAAUCCUAUCAGGGGCCAUCUGUGCGAAGGCUUUUACCCAGGUAAUGCCCUCACCAUCAUAUCUCCCUGAAGUUUGUCCUGGCAACCCCCUCAGCUGUGCAUUAGGAUUGGAUAAUGAGAAACAGAUCUGGUGUCAGGACAUGCUUCCCAUGUAAGCCCCCGGCUGAAUCCAGAGUCUGAGUAAGUAGGUGUAGUGUCCACAGGACUAGCACAUAGGGCAUAUUCAUGUGAUGUCAUCGGCGCAUCUGCCACCUUAUUUGCAUUGGUGUAUAAUGUAUCUCCUGACACCCAGAAUUGACUACCAUGAUGUGGCCAAAUAGGCUUCAAUAAUACAAAGAUUCACAUCUUGUCAGUGACAUGCAAAGAUGCUCAGACAGAAUCACUGAAAUGGGCCUCAACAUCUUUAGUGGGUUACUUAAAAAAGUAAGAUCAAAUGAGUGAAUACACUCUAUACUAGUUCUGGUGGCUUACCAAUGACUUAAUACACCCUGAGGUAAGCAGUUGUACUACUGUACACAGGCCUUCUUAUUGUACUGAAGGCAACCAUUGGCAGAUUGUGAUUAUUCUUUUCUUUUUACUAAGAGAUGUACAGAAGGAACCUUAGAAAGAAAUCUAGAAAAUGUAUAUGUAAGUUUCAAGAUGUAUAUCCAUCCCUGCAUAAAUCCUAUUUGCAGAAAAUGUUGCUCCAAAGAAUAUAAGUGCUGCAAUGCAUUCACAUUCUGUACAUUGGAGAUCGAAAACAGUUUUGAAAAAGAAAACCAUGCCAUGUCCAUGGCCACACCUUUUGAUUUUAUUUCUUGAAUUUCUUAACAGUUAAUCAUAGCUUUUGCUAUUUCUCUUGAUAGUUUUCCCUAGUUUACCUAUACUUCUUAUUAUUCUGCCUUGCUUUCUCUAGUUUCUCAGAGUACAUGAAGUGGUGUGGCCCAAAAUGUGUUCAGUUUCUUGAUGCUAUCAACACAUUCCAUCCAGAUAGUGGCACUCCUACUGACUAAUGCUGAUCAAGAAGGAAACUGUAGAGUUAUUACCCCUGCUGAAAGCAAAGCUGUUUACUGCUCAGUACAUUUUGUUUCUCCAUUGGAAAGUAGGAAUUUUCAGGUGUGUUUGCAUGUAGAAAGAAAUGCUGGUGUAAUUACAUAUAAUGCCACAUUUAUACAGAAUUUUCUAAUGUUCCUCAUCAAAUAAAGACUGACAGGAACUUAUGUAGUAAUUAGUAUUUCUGUAGUUUUCUGGAUAUACAUAAACCUGUAGACAACAAGUAUCUGCUGUAACAAGGUGUCAUUUGGUCCUUCCAUAUUGAAGCUAAGUAAAAUGAUAGGCAGAUAGAUAUAUUCUUUCAUAGUGAAACAUACAUGUUAUGUCUUUGUAGCAUAUUGUAUGACUAACUCAGAUCUUGUAGAAGGGAAGCACUCAUCUGUGUAUGCCAUAGAACCAUUGAUCAAUGUCCUUGAUCCAUGUCUUUCAAAUGGGUCAAAGGUCACAAAAAGUUCCUACAAAUUUCCAGUGCUCAUUUCUAUUCCAGAAUCUCAGAAGUAUUGACAAUAUGAUAUGAUGAAAGCUUGUACUACAUAAUGAUUUUUGGCAAGAAGAAAGUGGCCGUUAAGUCUUAGUUUGACCACUUAGUGUGGGUGAGUAAAUGUGUUAACCAAUUUGGUGAUUAUAAGGAUAUUGCAACUAGUUUUCCCGUGGUCUGUCUAGUAAAGUUUAAAAAAUGUGUAGAAAUUACUGGAGUUGGGGGCUAUUGUAAAUGCCUUUAGCUAAGCAUAAAAUAUUACCCAGACUUGAAUCUACUGGAAUGAAAUCCAUUUUUCGGAAUCAGUAGAGAAAGUUCUGUUAUAUGUUAAGUUGCAAUGUUAAUAGGCAUCCGAAAGAAAAGAAUAGACAUUUGAUGUUGUUUUGUUCCAGUGUUGUGCUCAGUUGCAGUGCUGCUUUACCACCUCGUGUAAUUUUCAUGGCACAAUACAACAUUUCUCCAUUUCAUGUAGAAUUGAAAUUAAUGCAAUGCGAAAUUUUGAUGUGUACAGCACUGAUUGUUCUGUGUUAUUUUGCACUUCAAUGGAUGUUCCACAGCUCAAUGCUUGGUUUUGCCUUCAAAGAAUAUUUGAAGAAAUUAUAGACAUACAAGUGAUAUAUAUCCAACUAUUUGUACAAGUAUGUGUAUGUGGUUGCUAAUGUACAUCUUGGUGCAAAUUGUGUACUUAUAAUAAUUUUCAAGGCAUAGGAUGUUUAUUUUACAAGAUACUGAAAUCAGCUAUUCAAUUCUAUAAAGUUCAAUAGUUCUGGUGUCUACAAGUUGUCCACCCUUUUGGUAAAGUCCAGAUUUGCUAACAACUUAUUUGGAAAACUGACUAAAAGAUUCACAUUUUACUUGGUGUUAUCUUACUUUUCUAAAAGGCUCCACCCUUGAUUUCCUUGCUAAAAAAUCCAUAUUUUGUGGACACUAGAUUUCUAGCAUGAGGUUAUGAUAUAUGUAUCACAAUGUUGUAGUUUGUAUUUAUUAAAUCUUGUAUACUAUUGUUGAUUAAGGAGAGAUGCGGUACAAAUUGCUGUAAACUAGUGUAAUUUCUACCAAGAUUAAGAGAAUGUUAAGAGGACACCGAAGCCAGAUGUGCUUUUCAUCCUGUAGGUUUGGAUAUUAAUGUUGGUUUCUGAACAAACAAUAAAGCUGAUGCUAUGUAUAUUGAAGGGAAA